AUGGUUGAUAAUUGGGAUCCAGCAAAGCCACUGGUAGCUCGACAGCCAUUUAAACUCAUUUACGCGCUCUACUACAUCCUCAGUAGCGCGGCCAGUGUUCCAGCAUGGGCUAUACUCUACAUUCUCCCACAUCUCAGGCCGGUCUCGUCAUGGCCCUACAAAACGGCUGUGACCAACAAGAUUUCCUAUUAUCUGUUGAAUUUCUUCAGCAAGAUUCGCAUUCCAACACCGCAGCCCAUAUCUCCAGGAAAAGAAACGGACCUGUUUGUUGCACUGAAACCGGCGAAUGAUCCAAGAAAGACCUACGCCGGGCUCCUCGACAACCCGCAAAUUCAGCCUACAACCAUCGGUGGAUUCUGGGUCCCUAGCCUUAAACAACUGGCAACUGUAUCAUCUGCCACAAACGAUAACUGGGUAGUUCUUCAUUUUCACGGUGGUGCAUACGUGCUUCUGACUCCACGAGACCCCACUGUGCAACGAGGGCCCAAACAGCUUUGCGAAGAGCUUCCAGCAGACGCUGCUUUGUGCGUGGAUUAUCGACUCUCCUCGAACCCUAAAAGCAGUCAUCCGGCGCAACUACAGGAUGCAAUUACUGCGUACAACUAUCUCAUUCAAGAUCUGCAGAUUUCUCCUUCGCGGAUUCUAGUUUCGGGUGACUCUGCUGGAGCUCAUCUUGCUAUACUCUUGCUUCGCCAUCUCACAACUCACCCAGAAAUCGGAUUACCAUUGCCUCGGGCGCUACUACUACAUAGCCCAUGGCUAGACUUAACCCCAAAGGGAACAUCCGUCGACAGCAUGCCUGGAGGACGAGACUAUAUUUCCGACGCCUUCCUACAAUGGGGAGCCACAACAUUCACCCCUAAAGGAUCGUCGCGCGAUGCAGAUUUUGUGAGCCCGUUCUACCACCCAUUUGCCAGUCCCAUUCCAAUUUGGGUCCAGGCAGGCGGUGUUGAGAAACUUUAUUCUACCAUCGCGGAGUGGGUUGGCAAAAUGAGAGAUGCUGGAUCAACAAUUGAGCUGUAUACUAUGGAAGAUAUGCCGCAUGAUGUUUUUCAUUUCUCGAGUGACAUGGAUUUGGAAGCUCAGGCACGGGACGCCAUCCGUGCUGCGAAGGGAUUCCUCGAGCGUACUCAAUGA